AUGGCUUCCCGCUGCUCCUGCACGGCGCUCACGAAGCUGCCACUCGGCCGCUCGACCUCCCAAUCCCUGACCUCCCGAUCCUUCUCGACCACGACGUCCCAGCAAAGGGGUCUGCCACGCAUAUCCCCCGAGUCCCCCGACUGGAUCCAGAUCCCGCGCGCCCGCCAGGACCGGGCCUCCGAGUCCAAACCCGUCAAGCCCAAGGGCACGCUGCCCGUGCCUCGCGCCCUCUUCCCCGACGGCGCCCGCGACCCCAAGCUCCAGCCCGACUUCCUUGCCAAGUCAGCGCCCCUGCCCACGAACGCCGCCUCGCAGCAGCCCGCACGCCCCGGCUCCGCAACCGACGUCCGCCGCCGCAUGGCCGAGCACCGGCGCGCCAACCUCGCCGCCGGCGUCGAGGGCCUCUGGCAGCGCAAGCAGCAGCACGAGGCCCGCCUCGAGCGCACGGCGGCCGCCCAUCAGGCGCUGACGCUGCGGCGGCGCAACGCGCCCCGAGCGGGCCCGACGACGUCUUCACGCGCAGCACCGUCCUCACGGCCACGGCCCAGAACCACCUCGGCCACCUCGACACCAAGGACGCGACUGAGGACACCAGCAGGACGGCCAAGAGGCAGAAGAGCAUCGCAGAGGAGCUGA